GUAAGGAACAUCUUGUCAGCAUAUGACAAAUAAUCGUGUGACACGUGUUUCUUGGCUCAAUUGGCCCGGGACGUGACAAGUAUUCACGGGCAGCGACUAGUAAAGUAAGUACUAGUGGCCUCCCGCCUACUCAAGUAGAGAAAAACGGAAGGACAUAGAGUUAGAGUGGGAGUUUAGAAGCAGAAGGAAGCUAUGGCGUCUGUGGGAGUUGACUCGGAGGUGACUCGGAUAAUGAUCGGUGUGAACGAGUCAAGCAUCAAAGGAUAUCCACAUGCUUCAAUUAGUAGCAAAUCAGCAUUUGAAUGGACUCUGAACAAGAUCAUUCGCUCCAAUACCUCCGGUUUUAAGCUCCUUUUUCUCCAUGUUCAAGUUCCUGAUGAAGACGGUUUUGAUGAUGUUGAUAGUAUAUACGCCUCACCACAAGAUUUUAGAGAUGCAAAUCGUAAAGACAAGAUUAAUGGAUCUCAUUUGCUGGAGUACUUUGUGAACAGAUGUCAUGAUAUAGGGGUUGUUUGUGAAGCAUGGGUGAAGAGGGGUGAUGCCAAAGAAGUAAUCUGCCAUGAGGUCAAAAGAGUCAAACCAGACCUCCUUGUAGUUGGAAACAGAGGGCUUGGUCCCUUCCAGAGGGUAUUUGUGGGAACUGUGAGUGAAUUCUGUGUGAAGCACUGUGAAUGCCCAGUUGUAACAAUCAAACGCAGUGCAGAAGAGACCCCUCAUGAUCCUGUAGAUGAUUGAUUGUUCCUCUAAAAGCUACUAUUAAUAAUGUAAAAUCUUCUCUACAACCCUCGUUCCUGGUUUGUCUUUUUUAAUGGAGAUUCAGCUGUGUGUAUCUGUAAGACCUAUGAGUUCCUUUUUUCUAGCCAAGUUGUUAUACAACUAUGUUUUCAAGGCUGCUUUUGUUAUAUGUAACCAUAAUGUACAAGCUUUUUAGGGAUGACAAUGACAUUUAUGUCUUUUCUACUCUCUAACAUUACAUCAAAAAAUAUAUUCCUUAUAUAGUCUUUUGACAAAAUUGCUCCAUGUGUUUGUCAAAAUCAUGUGGUUUUAUUCCAAAAAGUUUUGGAGGUGUAUCAAUGGUUUAGUUUUG